AUGAAUAAGACGAGACAAAAUGCACAGAAAAUGCUCUUCAAUCACGAAACCACGUACAGGACCGACUACUACAAAUAUGAUAUUAAAGAAUAUCCGAAGACACAGUACAGAGAGAAACAGUCGCAUCACGAGCGAGGUCUACCUACGUAUAAGAAUUGUCACACUCUGAUGGAGUGGAAAGACCAGAGACCGCCGUUUAGUUGUUACCAUGUAGCCAAAGAUGUACUCCGGACCAAUCCUAAUAACGUGCAAAGACCCUGUGCUAAACCUGUAGAUCAUGAUCGAGAAGACGCCCAAAAGACGCGCCCUCGUCUGGUGAUGACGCCAGCGGUCAGUUUGGAUGACAUUGAGGAUUCUAGCGCGAGGGACAUCAUUAUAUCUGAUAUGUACAUGACUGAUAACAUGAAGAACAUGAAGAUAGCUGUCAUCACAGCUCCACGCGAGGGCGCCAAGGCCCCACUAACGGGUCGACCUGCACCAGCUAAUCCUGUUUUCUUGCCAAAAUAUCAACCUCCUUAUGUGUCUCCGGAGUGGCGUAUGGAGUCUGUGAGUUGGGAUCAAAAACAAUUGAGAAGUCAUUGCGAUCCCACUCAGCGGUUCUGGCUCCUACAUGAACUGCCUAAAUGCAAGGCGUGUGAAGAAACUGCCGUGGUUGUCGCUCAUAGAAAAAUGUUAAGGAAUUUGAAACAUAAUAAUGUUUGA